AUGAACCGCAUAUUUGGAUCGUCGUCGAGCAAGAAGCCCAAGCCGUCAUUACAGGACGCUAUCAACUCAACAGAUGCGCGCGUUGCGUCGAUAGAGGUGAAGAUCAAGAAGCUCGACGGCGAGCUCGCGCGGUACAAGGAGCAGAUGAGCAAGCUGCGCAACGGGCCCGGGAAGGACGCGAUCCAGCAGCGCGCGCUGCGCACGCUGAAGCAGAAGCGGAUGUACGAGGGCCAGCUCGCGCAGCUGCAGCAGCAGACGUUCAACAUGGAGUCCGCCGCGCUCACGACGGAGAACCUGCGCAACACGAUGGCCACCGUCGAGGCGAUGAAGCAGGCGAACAAGGAGAUCAAGAAGCAGUACGGGAAGAUUGACAUUGACAAGAUCGAGAAUAUGCAUUAUGAUAUGGAGGACCUGCUGGAGCAGGCGAAUGAGAUUCAGGAGACGUUGGGGCGGUCGUAUGCAGUGCCGGAGGAGAUUGAUGAGGCGGAUUUGGAAGCUGAACUGGAUGCGUUAGCCUUGGAAGAAGAUGAAGAGAGCACGUCGUAUCUAGCUGAUCUCAACAAGGCGCCUGACUUUGUAGACGAGGCCCCUGUCGAGCUUAACGAGACACCCGCCCAUCAUGAAGCAGUCAAGACAACAGCUUAG